GAGAUCGCGGAUAUACUUGGAGUAUCUAUAAGCACCCUGAACAGGCAUCGAGCAUCGCUUGGACUCGGUAGUGAGCCAAGAUUCACGGCCAUUGCAGACGACGACCUCGAUGCGCUGGUACGGGAAAUAGUGGGGCGAUCACCAUUUAGUGGAAUUCGUAUCGUUCAAGGGGAGAUGGAGGAUAGGGGAGUCCAUGUCCAGAGAGAGCGUGUAAGAGCGGCACUACAUCGCGUGGAUGGCCUAAACGUGCGUGCAAGGCUAAGCCACGUAAUACAGAGGAGGCGUUAUAAGGUUCCUGGGCCAAAUUCACUCUGGCACGUGGACGGGAACCAUAAACUAAUACGGUGGAAGUUUGUUGUGCACGGAGGAAUAGACGGAUUUUCCCGCCUUUGCGUUUAUCUAGGUUGCGCAACAAACAACCGGGCAGCUACAGUCCGAGACCUAUUUUACGCUGCGACUGAAGAAUUUGGGUGGCCGUCGCGAGUCCGUUCAGACCACGGCAUGGAGAAUGUGGAAGUGGCGCGUGCCAUGAUAACUCGUUGA